UAUAACGCGUUGUGGUGGAUUCUGCCAAAGGGACAGAACAACAUUAACUUCUUCCUAGUGGCAGAGAGAAUUGUGUAGAACGAGUUUGGACGACUCCAGAAAUCUCAGAGAAGAUGGAGAAACGGCUGAAAGACAGUCUGGUGUUUUUUACUGUAUAUUUGUCCAUGCUCAUUUAUCCAAAUCACAUCAGUGGCUUUAACCUGGAUCUGAACAAUUACACAGUCUUCUCUGGCCCUGAGGACAGCUACUUUGGUUUCUCAGUGGACUUUUAUCGGUCAAGCAGCAAAAGUAUACGUGUGGUGGUUGGAGCACCCAGAGCAAACACCAGCCAUGGGAUCUCGCAUGGUGGCUCUGUCUUCAUGUGUGACUGGACAUUAAGUGGAGAAUCGUGUCAGACUUUAAACUUUGACCAAAAAGCUGAUGAAAACAUCACAUUUGGUAAAAUGCUCCUAAUGGCUCACAAAUCAAACCAGUGGCUGGGCGCUUCAGUUCGAACCUACAAGAACUACAUCUUGGCCUGUGCCCCACUGUUCCACUGGAACGUGCUCUUGGAAAAGGAGGAGGCCAUGAAUACGCCUGUUGGGAACUGCCAGCUAUUGAACAUGCAAACAGGAGAGUUGGCAAACUACGCCCCCUGCAGGGAAGAAUAUGUAGAGGCGAUUUACACCAGAGGCUAUCCUGACAGGCGUUACUGUGAGGCUGGAUUUACCACAGACAUCACCGAGAAUGGCAGGGUGAUACUUGGUGCACCAGGAGGCUAUUAUUUUCAAGGUCAGAUCAUCACUGCAUCUCUUGAAAACAUCAUGAGCAGUGGCAGCACGUUCUCUCCGAAGCAUUCAGUGAACGGUGAGACCAAAACACCACAAAGGCGUGACUACUACGACCUGUAUCUGGGAUACUCUGUUGCUGCUGGGCAGUUUAAUAAAGACCAUGUCCCAGAUUAUGUUGUUGGCGUCCCAAACGAUCUGCACACUGCAGGCUCUGUCAAAAUAAUAAACGGAGCAACAGUGCCCCUGCAAAUCAUGAAGGCGAUUAGUGGCACUCAGAUAGCAUCUUAUUUUGGGCAUUCUGUGGCAGUAACAGAUAUCAACAGAGAUGGGUGCGAUGACAUCCUGAUUGGAGCACCGCUUUUUAUGGAGCAGCUGUCCACUCAGAAAUUUCGAGAAGUAGGACAAGUAUAUGUUUACCUGCAAAGAGAGGGCUUCUCCUUCUCCUCCAGGCCCAACCAGAUGCUGACAGGGACAUAUGCCUAUGGGCGUUUUGGCAGCUCCAUCGCCCCUUUGGGAGACAUCGACCAUGAUGGGUUUAAUGAUGUAGCUGUGGGGGCACCUGGCUCUGGUGAAGGAGGUCAGGUGUUUAUUUACCUGGGUCAGGGUGAUGGUUUGACCACCCAGUUUGUUCAAGUCAUCGAGAGCCCGUUUCACACCCUCAUAGAUCCUCCAAUGUUUGGCUUCAGCAUGAGAGGAGGGAUAGAUAUCGAUGAAAAUGGAUAUCCAGAUCUCAUCAUUGGUGCUUGGGGUGCGAGCAAAGUAGCAACCUACAGAGCACAGGCUGUUGUGAGGACACAGGCUCGACUCUUAUUCGUCCCUGAACUUUUGAACCCUGAAGACAAAUUGUGUCGACUCCACCAGAGCAGCACCUUCAUUACUUGCUUUAGAAUUAUGGCAUGCAUCAGUGUAUCUGGACACAGAAUUCCUGAGGAGAUUGUGCUCAACACAGAGCUUCAGCUGGACAGGAUGAAGCAGAGCAUGGCCAGACGAACACUCCUACUGGACUCCAACCAGCCAUACGCUUACUUCCAAAUCUCUGUGGAAAGAAACUCAGGAGAAGUCUGUAGGAACUUCACGGCCUACCUACUGCCUGAGUUUAAGGACAAGCUAAGUCCAAUCUUCUUCUCGAUGAACUACAGUCUGGCUGAAUCCCAAGAUGCAGUGCUGCAUGGACAAAGUGUCGCUUUUGGACAGGCACGGAUAAUACUAAACUGUGGUCAUGAUAACAUCUGUAUUCCAGACCUGAAGCUGAAAGCAGAGGCGUCAACAGAACCAAUCCUGAUCGGCGAUGAGAAUCCAGCACUGCUGAUUAUCGAGGCCGAAAAUCAGGGAGAGAGAGCAUACGAGACUGAGCUAUAUAUCAGCCCGCCAGCCCACACACACUAUCAGGGUGUUGUGAGCAACCGGGAGGACUUCAGUCACUUGGUGUGCGGUCAGAAGAAGGAGAAUGGCUCAGUCAUUGUGGUUUGUGAUCUGGGAAACCCCAUGGAGGGCGGACAUCAGCUGAAAGCUGGUCUUUACUUCAGCAUGGGUGGUCUGGAACAAGUGGAGAACCACAUCACAUUCCAAAUGCAAAUACGAAGUAAGAACAGCCAGAAACCAGACAGUAACCUGGUCCAAUUGCAGGUUAAUGUUACUGCUGCAGCUUCCCUGGAAAUGCGUGGAAUCUCUUCUCCUGCUGACUGUGUUCUGCCUAUUACUAAAUGGGAGCCAAAGGAUUAUCCAGAAGAGUUGAAUGAAGUAGGCCCACUCGUAGAGCAUGUAUAUGAGCUAAGGAACAUGGGCCCCAGUCCGGUGAAUGCAAAGCUUACACUGGAGUUUCCUGUUUCACAAAAUGAGUCCUAUCUGCUAUAUGUAUUUGCUAAUGCCUCCCAAGAGCUCAUCUCCUGUCAAACAGACUACUCCAACAUCGACCCACGUGGGUUAGUGAAGCUGGAGUCCUCCAACGUCACCGUAGGCCAGGUUCAUCAUUUCAACAAACGCGACCUGACGCAAAAAACAGAAUAUGAGCAGCAGUGGCAACAUGCAGUCCAUGUGAACUGCUCUAGUGGUGACCAAUGUCUUCUGUUUGAGUGUGAGGCUGCGGGACUGCAGAGAGAUGAGAGAGCCAUUGUAAGAGUGAUGAGCAGGCUGUGGGUACAAACCUUCUUAAAGAGACCAUAUGUAAAUUACGUUCUUCACUCCACGGCUCACUAUGAGGUGACAGAUGUGCCCUCAAAAAUCCAGCCAGUUGUCCUGCCCAGAGGAAAUGCACAGACACAUACAAAUAUAGUGUGGAGACGGCCAGAUGGACAAGAGGAGGUUCCUGUGUGGUGGAUAGUAGUGUCAGUCAUCGCUGGACUCCUGCUAUUGGCUGCCCUGAGCACCAUCUUCUGGAAGGUGGGAUUUUUCAAGCGUAACCGUCCUCCAUGUGACGAUGAUGAUGAUGAUGAUGACACGCAGCAACUGAGUGGUGAACAGAACGAGAUGUCAGACUGCAAAUCUUGAGAUUUAUUUAUGCUGUAUAGACCUUAUGUAGCCCCGCCCCUUUUCAGCGCUGCGCUCGUUGUCUUUUGUCUUCCGGUCUGUAUUUUCACAGUGAUCUUGCGUAUUUAUGAAUGAACGGCUCGUUUUAAAAUCUUCCCGGUCCACUGACAUUUGUUAAGACAUCUGCUUUAAACAUUACAAUCCUCAUGAUAACUUUUGUUAACUUUACAUUAAGUAAAUCCACUUUAAAAGUGAAUUACUCCUGGGCAGCGAUGCCAUAGAGAUAUCGACCACAAAAACGGAAGUUCAAAGACAAUAUAAAGAUGGCAGCGCCCCUGUUUCACUGGCGCAUAAGGUCUAUAGCUUAUUAAAGUUUGUUUGCUCUGUUAUAUUUAUAUUCUUUCUGCAGUUUUAUUAAACAUGUAUAAUAGUGGUUUGUAUGGAGUUGCAGGCAUUAGGUGACCAGCCCAGCAUGUACUAGAUAUCAUCUUUAGGCAGAAAUAG